AUGGUGGACACUCCCUUCAGUAACAUCAAAAUGAGUGAGGAAAAAGAUGAUCAUACCAAAGAUGAAUUGAUAGUACCUAAAAUCCUGGAGCGACGUUUUGUACCAGCAUACCUUAAAAGUGUAGCUUGGGAAGGUUUCAACUAUGUGGGUCACGAGAUAAAAAUAGUAGAAUCCACAGACCUCUUUGGUGCAACAGUGUGGCCUUCAGCACUUGUACUUUGUUACUUUUUGGAAAAACACGGAAAGCAGUUGGGUUUAGAGGACAAAUGCAUAAUCGAAAUAGGGUCUGGAACUGGGCUAGUUUCUAUAGUAGCUACUUUACUAGGAGCACAAGUCAUUGCAACAGACCUAGAGGAUCUGAUUGGAAACCUGCAGUAUAAUGUUGUGCGAAAUACAAAACUGAAAUGCAAACAUGCCCCACAAGUUAAAGAGCUAACCUGGGGAUCCAAUCUGGAGGAGAAAUUUCCUAAAUCCUCCUCAAACUUUGACUACAUCCUUGCUGCUGAUGUAGUGUACAACCACCCGUCCCUGGAUGAACUUCUGGAGACAUUUGAUCACUUGUGUCAAGAGAAGACCAUCAUCCUGUGGGCUAUGAAAUUCAGAAAAGAGAAUACCCUCCUUCAAAACACAUUUUUUCUCAACUUUCAGAAAAUGUUUGACAUGGAGGUUAUCUAUGAUCUGCCCAGCCUAAGUAUAAAACUUUACAAGGCAAGACGAAUAUGUACUUUUACUGAAUAA